AUGGCUGCAAUAUCUCCGACAUCCCUUUAUGACGACAAUGUGAAAGUUCCACUUACUCAUCCUUCUGUUAUGAAAACGUACAAGGGGGAGUCAAAAAACUACAGUAGGCCAUUAUUCAUAGAUUCACAGGAACUCAAUGCCAUAUGGGAAAUCAGCCAAGGAGGAGCCAAAUCCCACCAACAGCAGUAUAAUGUGGCACUAUUUCAACAGCAUCAUCACAUAGUACCUUCCAGUGGCUUGAGAUAUAUAGAAGCAGAAGAUAGUGCAUGCCCACUGAGACAUUUUGACAAAGCAUGCAACUUGCAACCGAAAGGGAACCUAAUGCUGCCCCGGCCCCCACCGAACCAUAUGGAAUAUACAAGUGCUAGCAUCCUGGGUAGGGCCCUGCCUGGGAGUGUAAAGAAUCCGAAUCUUAUACGGAUCAACUUACGAGCAGGGCUACUGAUAGUCGCCGUAGCUGGAAAAAUGGGCUGA